AUGGAAAGUGUGUACGAUCCAGGGAGGGAGGCAGUAAAACUGCUGGCUUUCUCCAUAUUGCUGAUGAUGGUACCGGCGGCUGCGUCAAACCGUGAAUAUUUUGCUCCUUCAGGUGGUUCGGGGAAGUCAGGGUCAAUUAUGCAACUGAUCGCCUCUCCAAUCGAUGUCGGGAUAAGGUCCAAACACGUUUCUGGCCAGGGCACCCCAACGGACCCAAGUGGAGCUGUCGAACUAUACUUUGGGUUGUCUACUGCGAACGCCUCGGAUGAUGCAAUCCGGUCAACAGGCCAGUUUCAUGUUGCGCCUCCAUCAGACGGGGAAAAAAUGAUGCAGUCACUUGAACGACAAAGGGCAUUGAUUCACGCUACCGAUCAACGUUUGAAAAGGAAAGAAUCCCUCAGUAGAGGCUUACAGAUGGUACAGAGCCAAACGCUCGGCGUCGACAUCGCAACAUCAUCUGGAGAAGCCGUACAUCAGGGCCUUACAGCUAAUAGAGCAAACAACCAAGCGCGCGCCCAGAGUCAACACGUCGUUUUGAACGGCUCAGGAACCGGCGCAGUGCCACAGCAGCUUAAUCUCUCCCAGGUACUCAUUCAGAAUUCCUCGCAGUUCUUUCUGAACUGGGAACAACCGCGGGGGCAACAGGGAGGAAGCGGCACGAGUAGCGCAAACGCUGAUCAACAGUACGACUGGAAGAAGCAUGUGCAACAUCAGCCAGGGAGAGGUCGAAGAGAGGCUCUGAGUAAACAACAACAGAUAACCGAACAAAAACAACAGCAAAAGUUGCUUGCAGAAGUCUUCCUCCUAGGAAAGGAAGUGGACAGCCGGCAACAACAUCUGGCUGAACAGCAGAAGCUCCGACAGCAGCUACAAACAUUGGUUGCAAUGCAACUCGAGUUACUAAAGCAGCUUCGUCGCCUCGAACAGGAACAGCAGGGAGACGGCCAUCAAUCCGUCUCACAACGGGUGGCAUCAUCUUCGUCACCAGAUAGUGCAUGCUAUCUUAAAGAUUUUCCGUUGGCAGACAGCUUUGCACAAGUAAAACGCCAAUCCCAACUCCUGUUGGCAGCACCCCUUCCAGUGCCCAGAGUGACGUUCCCCUUGCUACAGCGCAUGUGGUCCGCCUCUGGAACCAAAGAGACCGGUUACCCAAUCCCCCAUAGUAUUGUGCAGCAGUUUACAUUACCGGUGCCAUCCGAGCAGCAAGCUGAUCACGUCCACUCGCGUCAACCACAAUCCACCACUCAGCAGCUUGCACUGACUUCACAGCUGAGUAGGAAUCCCUUCCUUGCUCCUCAUGAGGCAGGAUCUCAAACAAUUAGCACCUCUGGCGUCUCUGAUGAUAACCUGCGAUCCACAGCGCAACUUUUGAAAGAUCAGAAGCUGUCGACGGCACUGAUCAAUCCCCCAAAACAAUAUCAUGGCGAGGCAAUGCGCGGAAUCUUUCCCGAAAUUCCUGCAGAGCUCGCACAACCGUCGGUGGCACACAAUUCAACUGAGACGGUCUCGAGUGAACUGAAAAGGAACGAAGUAACACGGGAGGAAUUACCACUGCAGCAACGUCUCGAUGUUGACACAGGGGUACCACUGGAUGCGGAGUCCGAAAACGGUGCAUCAGGGGCAACAGUCGCCUCAGAUAUAUCCGUGAUACUAACUGAUGCAGUGGCGAAACAUAGGUACUCUUCGCAGGCCCCAGUUUCGUCUGGUCUUGUAAAUCCGCCAAGCGGUCGCGUUCCAGGCGAACGUGAACAACAGCACCCGAGCCGUACGUUCGGGGAAGCAAACGAAUCCAAAGCGACAGAGAAUGCAGAGGCGAAAGAACAGAAUCGUGAAUCUGUUCUGGCGGAAGACAAAGAGCCUGGGAAACAAGAGCUGGAGGAGUUGAAGUCGCCCGUCAAAACAUCACAGCAGGAAAGAAAAGUGGACGACAUCCACGAAGUGCAACUCCAGCACAAUGAACUGCGUGCUCUUCAGAAGCAGCAACAAGACCACCUUGCCAUGCUGCUGAAGCAGGUUCGACUUCAACAGGAAGAGCUUGCCGCCAGGAGCCGUUUGCUGGAGGAGCAGCACCAAGAGCUCGUUCUCAUGCGGGAGCACUUACGUCAAAUCACAGCACGAAGCCGCCUGCCAGAUGCCAAACGUGUGAAGCUAUCCAACGUCGUUUUGCCGGAAGGGUCACAUCUGCUGGCGGUCAAAAACGUUUCUGAGAAACAGGAAUCUAACAGCGAAGCCACGCUUCAGAGUAAGGGUGCCCCUCCGGAUCAACAAAAGUGA